GCCACAAGACUGUUGGCGAAGGACAAAACGGCAUGGCAGUCGGGUCCUUCAGGCCUAGGAAUAAGGAUGUGCGGCGACUGAGUUGUUGUUAUGGCUUUCGACGAAGGUCCUUUUGUGUUUAGAAUAAACGAUAAUGGAGCAGGACCAAAUCUUCUAAUUCAGGUGUGCGUCGAACGAGGCUGGAGGCAGUACAGCGAAUGUGGAGCGCUAAGGGACAACUGGAAUCUGUGGUGGAGAAACACCGGGCUGCCACUUUCUCAUUACAAACAGCUCAAGACAUGGCAGUUCACAAAUCACAUCCCCAAGGGAUCUUCAAUAUGCAGAAAGGAUAAUUUGGCGCGAUAUCUAAGGUGUAUGAAAAAAAUAUACGGAACUAUCUACGAUUUUAGUCCACUGGUUUAUAACUUGCCCCUGGAGUACACUAAGCUUGUAGCAGAAUUCAGUCAGGGGAAAAGCAAAGUAAAUUCAGUAUGGAUAUGCAAACCCGUUGGUCAGAGUCAAGGACGGGGUAUAUUCCUUUUCAAGGACCUCGGCGACCUAUGUUAUGAUAGUAAUGCUAUCGUACAGCGCUACAUUCAGAACCCUCUGCUCAUCGGUGGCUACAAGUUUGAUUUGAGAUUGUACGUGUGCAUACCAUCAUAUCAUCCCUUAACAGUGUAUCUGUACAGGGAAGGUCUGGUCAGAUUUGGCACGGACAAGUACUCGAUGGCCGACCUGAACAAUCCAUUCUGCCAUCUCACCAACAGUUCGCUCAAUAAAUGGGGACCAGGUUAUAAUGAGAAAAAGGAAAGAAUUGGGCCUGGUUGCAAAUGGUCCCUGAAACAGCUGCGUCACUACUUCCACCAGACCAAAAUCUCGGACUGGCUGCUGUGGCAACGGAUAUCUUCGCUUGUUGUCCUCACUGUUGUCAGCCAGCUCUCUGGCAUCCCCAAUACUGCCAACUGCUUCGAGUUCUACGGAUUUGACGUUCUCAUCGAUUCUAGUCUCAGGCCUUGGCUGUUAGAAGUAAAUUUGAGUCCUGCACUCGGAAAUGACUGUGAUAUAGAUCAGAUUGUGAAGAAACCAAUGUUGCAUGAUAUGUUUGAUCUUCUUGGUCUACCUAUGUGUAACACAGGACUUUCACUCUUCACAAUAUGGUCCAGUUCAAGCAACGAUGAUCAUCCAGAAUCAGAAAAUGAAGACUGUGAAGAUGAGAACAGCAGAGAAAGGGAGGCGCAGUCUUCGGCCCUGAGCGUGGUAGCGGCUGCGAGCAGAUGGAAAAGAAGGCAUCAACAGAAGAAUCAUAAUUCAACACACAGUACAUCUGUACAAAGAACUAGGAAGAAAAGUGCAAGUCUUCAGACAACCAGGCAUCAGAGUCUUGCUGGAUGCUCAGGAAAAAUAGAUUCAAGUAGUAGGAUGCCCUGUGGAAGAAAAUCUAUGACACAUAGUACUGGAACAAAAAGUCCCAUCAAAUGUUCUUCCAUUAAUCAAAAUAUUGCUCAGAAUUCUUACGCUUCAACAGCCUUAGGUUAUGGUGAAGAUGAUGACAAUAACCAUAGAUUAAUAAAUGGCAAGAAUUCACAGGAUUCAGAUGAUGCUUGGGUGCAUUAUAAUCCGUUACUGAUCGAUCGCAGUAGAAAUCGAACCCACGGCUUCCGCGGUCAGAACAAGUACCCGCCACCGAUGUUGUGGGGUAACGGACGUGACUGGAGAUCUCCUCCAGUGUCUGAAGGAAACUGGAUCAGGUUAUAUCCUUUGGGACCCACAGCUCAGUGCACUAAGCAGGAACCACAAGAAAUUCCAACAAUUCCACAUGGGGACAAAGAAGUGAAAAACAUAGUUGCAGCUGUCCAUAAGUACUCCAAAACAGCGAGGGAGAUAUUUAAACUUAAUCCAACAUUUUCAGAUGAAUCAUUCAGUUCAAGUAUGAAGCAGACACUUGGAAUGACAUCUGAAGUAUGGUUACCUAGCAAAUAAAUAUACAUAAAUGAUCGGCUUCUUAUAUCAGAAUAUAUUUCCUUUUCCAGUUGAAAGUGGUAUUUUUGACUGACAACCCAAUCUGCUGAAAUCCUACGAAUUGUGUGAUGAAGUACUAUGUCAGUGUUUAACUGGAAAAAUUAAACAAAAUCGUGACAAAGCAAGGUAUUACCUGGGAUAAACUUCAGUAUACUCACCCAAUCUUCAAUGAGAAGCCUACCAUUCUCCAGGUAUGUCAGUUCAUCUUUUGUCAUGUAAAUCCCUUAUCUGAAAGAUACAUUACUAUUGUUUGGAAACAUCUUGUCUUGCUCACCCACGCUAUCUUCACGCCACUCAUCCUUCAUUCUCUUUUAAUACUUCCAAGGGCAGUGGUAACAAUAUGUACCACCUGCUUUAAUAUUCGAAAACUGCAUUUUGCCCACAGAGUAAACAGAGAUUAUUUCCCUAACCACUUAAUCAUCGUCAUGGAGACGGGUUGCAUUUUCUUUGAGGUAGGAACUGAAGGUUUAUAUGUUACUCAGAUGAGCUUCAGCCUCAGAAGGUUAAUCAUUCAAAGGUGACUCUGAAUACAAGACUAGUAGGCCAUGCAGGGUAACUCUUAUGUUAACGUAGUGAUCUAAGAUUCCCGUCUCUUUUGUGACCCUUAUCAAUUACCGAGGAUAAAUGUGUCAAGUCACAUUAAAAAUUGCGAAAUAAUUGUGUCAUCCUAUUUUAAGGUAAUAUUCUGGAAUUCUUUUGGAGGGAAUGAGGAGUAUGAGAAACAUGUUAUAACAGAUAGAACUGGCUUUUCUGUUCUCUUAAUUUAUGUUAAGGUUUCUGGCAGAUGUGAUAAUAAU